UCAGUCGGAUUCUCAUUAUAAUGAUUAUUAUCGCCGGUCACCCCGCCAUCUGCCCCUCAUCAUUGAUUUCGUUGCAGUUACUCUCUCUACUUCUCUUGGUGUCAGCUGUCCCUGCUUAACAUCAUAUUCAAAAUGACGACCCCCGGCCUUCUCUGGGUGACGAUGAACCCUCGUCCCUCCCUCCCUGCGGCCCAAUUCCACGACUGGUAUAAUACCGAACACGGUCCUCUGCGCCUGCGUCUGCCCUUCUGCACCAAUGGCUUCCGCUAUCGCGCAACCGACGGCGAGGAGCCCGAGUGGGUGGCACUCUACGACAUUACUGAUAUGGUUGAGUUGACGCGCGAGACCUACCUCGCCCUCCGCGGCGACACCAUUAAGACCCCCCGGGAAAAGGCGACCAUGGCCCAGAUUGACGUCGAUCGCCGGCUCUACGAUACCGUUGUCGAGCAAAAGGCGGCUGAUUACAAACCCCUCGAACUCACCCCCGACACCGAGGCUGCCGGCUCUGCCCUCGUCGCCGUCUCUCUCUCCCUCUCCUCCGCCGACGCCGCUAAGGAGGACGAGUUCACCCGCUGGUACCGCGAAGAGCACAUCCCCAUGCUGUCCCGCGUGCCCGGCUGGCGCUCCUCCCGCCUCUUCGUCACCUCCACCAUCGACCCCAAAGCCCCACGCGAAUACCUCGCCGUGCACGAGUACGCUGCCCAGAAUGGUCUGGGCGGUCCCGAAUACAAGGCCGCCACCGACACUAUCUGGCGCACCCGCAUCAUGACCGACGUUGUGGCUAAAACCCGCCGUCGCACCUACCAGUGGGCCUACACCUUCGGACCCGCUCCCCGCGAGCUGUCCUCCCUGACCUCCCCGGAUGUCAUCGGUCCCUGGUCGUCCAUUGACGGCAAAACCCGCACCUUGCCCUCUCCCACCCGCCCGGCCGUCGAGUCCUUCGUCACCACCCCCGACGGCGUCGAGCUCCCUUACCGCCUGGAGGGUAGCACCGACCCCCACAGCCCGGUCAUCGUGCUCAGCAACUCCAUCCUGGUGGACUACACCAUCUGGGACGACUUUGUCGACCAGUUCCUCUCCGACCCUCGCAACCAAAACUUUCGCAUUGUCCGGUACUGCACCCGUGGUCGGCAGCAAGAAUGCGGCGAGAAGCCCGUCAACAUCGAUCUACUGGCCUCCGAUAUCAUCGCGCUGCUGGAUGCUCUGCGCGUUCCCAAGGCCACCCUUAUCGGUGUCAGUCUGGGUGGUGUGACCGUGUUGAACACCUCCCUGCUGUACCCGGAGCGCGUGGAGCGCUUCAUCUCCUGCGACACCAACAGCUCCAGCCCCGAGACGAACCGUAAGGCCUGGAACGAGCGUGUCGAGCUGGCAGCCAGCGAGGGCGCCGUGUCGCCCACCACGCAACAGGCGAUUGUCGGCGAGAAGCUGGCCGAAAUUACCGUGCGGCGCUGGUUCACAGCUGAGUCGUACGAGACACAGCCCCAUCUCCCCGCUAAGGCGAAGGAAUUGGUGCGGACGAACAGUCUGCCCGGCUUCAGACAGAGCGUGCAGGCCCUGUGUGCCUAUGAUGUGCGGGACCGGAUGGCACAGGCACAGGUGCCUGGCCUGUUUGUGGCCGGCGAGAGUGACGGUGUGCUGCCAAAGACGAUGCAGCAGAUGGUGGCAGACCUGAAGAGCGCUUCUGAGUUGAAGUUGGUGCCGAAGGCGGGUCAUCUGCCGAUGUUGGAGAAUGCGACGGCAUUUACGCAAGUGGUGAAUGAGUACCUGCACUAGAAGCAGCUGAUGUACAGAGCUGUUAUGUAUAUAGAUG